GUGAGCGGUAAGCAGGAGUUGGACGUGUACUGUUUGGUUGUUAUAAAAUGACAGCCAUUACAAUUUCACCAGCUUCCCAUGGUAUUAUUCAAGUUAUAAACGAAAGUAAUUUGUGUAAAAUUGAGAGCUACCUCAAUGACACCGCGUACAGGGAAUCCAUUGAAAAUGCUUCCACUUAUAAUAGCCGAUUAUGCAGGGAACGACGGCUACGUAUGCCUUUCCUCGAUUCACAGACAGGUGUAGCACAAAAUCAUUCAGCACUGUUUAUGUCGGCAAGAGAAAGAUUGCCAGGCUUGUUACACGGUCAAAUAUAUACAUAUCCUAGCAAAAGAUGGAGGAAAAAACGGCGCCAGUAUUUAAUGCAUUAUUUGCAUCCAAAGAGAGGUCCACGGGGAGAUCCAGAAGAUGGUGUAGAAGGUGUAGAAACUAUAACACAUGUAAAUGAUGAUAGCAAAGAAUCUGUUGCUCUUAAAGAGGAACACAGUAAAGAUGCUUGGUACUAUGAUGAACAGGACAUGUUAGAUAUGGACACAUACGAGGAACCUGAUCCUGAAAGUGACUAUGAUUAUGAAGAAAGUUACAGCAGUAAAAGGAAACGAAGAAAACCUCGUGGAGGUGGUCAUCAUCCUGCACGAAAUCACCCACCUUCCACAGAUAGUCCAGGGACCAAACGUACAAAGGGUGGGGGACGUGGGCGCAAAAAAAGCAACUAUGACGCUGUUGACACUGAUAAGCCAUUCGUUUGUGACCGUGGUACACGUCGGGGUCGUCAGAAUGCAAGCUCAUCGAGUACUUCGAGCCCCUCUCCCGCAGCACCUACCGCGUCUGCUGCGGGAGCGUCCACGCAGCCGCAGCCGCAGUCCUCCCAGCCGUCCCAGCAACCGGCGGCGCAGCAGGCACAACCGCAACAGCCGUCCCAGCAGCAACAGCAGCAGCCGCAACCACAGCAACAACAACCACCAAUACCUGCUGCUCAGACGACGACCGCGCCCUCAUCGCCAACGAUACCAUCGACGAAGGAGGAACACCUGCCGGCUGUAUCGUCCCCUGGGACCGCUGUGCCCUCGCCCUCCUCGGUGAGAACGGAGGGCCCACCUACCCCCGGGACUAACGAAAAAAAAGCUGGCAAGUCCGCGCAACCCUCCCCGUACUGCGACUUCUGUCUGGGCGACGCUAGGGAAAAUAAAAAGACCGGCGGCUCCGAGGAGUUGGUCUCGUGCAGUGAUUGCGGUCGCUCAGGGCAUCCGACUUGUUUGCAAUUCACAGCGAACAUGAUCGUUUCUGUUCGCAAGUACAGGUGGCAGUGUAUCGAAUGCAAAUGCUGUUCCAUUUGUGGCACCUCUGACAAUGAUGAUCAGCUGCUGUUCUGUGACGACUGUGAUCGUGGAUACCACAUGUAUUGUCUGUCUCCACCUCUUGCAUCUCCUCCCGAGGGCUCCUGGUCUUGCCGUCUGUGCAUAGCAGAAUUUCAUCGCCGUGAUUAAAAGUCUCUGUCUCGUAGAUAAGUCACGGAUUUUUACGUAUUUGCUGUGGUGCAGCCGGCCGUUCCCGAAUUAGGAGAGUAUUCAGAAAGCUCACUUUCCUUUUAUAGUAUUA